GAAAACUACAACUCCCAGCAGCAAGCGCGACUGAGUGACGUCAGAACGGCCGGGAGCGCGCACAGCGGAGCGUCAGUGCGCGUUCUCUCUCUGGCGGCUGAUGCUGAUGCUCAGAGGACACGGAGUGAUUCGAGCAUCACCGGGAAGCGACUGAAUUAUCGUGCCAAAAUCUUCGGGCUUCGGUAGGAUGCGUCAGGACGGAUCCAUGCAGAUGGCUGCGGCACAGAAAGAAGGAUCUGACCAGAACUUCGAUUACAUGUUCAAACUGCUGAUCAUCGGCAACAGCAGUGUAGGAAAGACGUCGUUUCUCUUCCGGUACGCUGACGACUCCUUCACGUCAGCGUUUGUGAGCACGGUGGGCAUCGAUUUCAAAGUCAAAACCGUCUACAAGAACGACAAGAGAAUCAAACUGCAGAUAUGGGAUACUGCCGGUCAGGAGAGAUACCGCACCAUCACCACGGCGUACUAUCGUGGAGCCAUGGGCUUCAUCCUCAUGUAUGACAUCACCAACGAGGAGUCGUUCGGAGCCGUCCAGGACUGGUCAACCCAGAUAAAGACGUACUCCUGGGACAAUGCACAGGUCAUCCUGGCAGGAAAUAAGUGUGACAUGGAAGAGGAGAGAGUGGUGUCUGUGGAAAAUGGCAGAAUGCUGGCAGAGCAGUUGGGUUUUGAGUUUUUCGAGACGAGCGCCAAGGACAACAUCAACGUGAAGCAGACCUUUGAGCGUCUGGUGGACAUAAUCUGCGACAAGAUGUCAGAGAGUAUAGAGACUGACCCCGCCGUUACCACCGGAGCCCAGGGAACGGCCCGGUUAACGGAUAACCCUCCUCCACUACAGCAGCCUAACUGUGCCUGUUAGUGCUCAGUCUAUAUGGUAGCAUAAGUGUGUGUAUGUGUGUGUGACACCCUUUAGAUGGAUGCAUAUAUCCUUUAAUGUCAUAGAAUGCAGGUGCUGGAACAACCUGAAUUUGAUUGGUGCAUGCCAGAAGUCAUGUGACCCAUUUACAACUACACCCAAACAAGAGCUGUUUCAAAAGCAACUUUUCAGUGUUUUAGAAAGCAGGAUAGAUAAAAAUAGAUAUUGUUUUCAGUUUAGGCCACUAGAGGGCGUUCACACAGGACACUUUCUUGCAGGAGUCUUUUUUAAAAUGUCUGAUGCACGUGAAUACACGUUGUGUACUUUGAACGCUCCUUUAGCCUGUUUUGUUCCAGCACCUCUGCACUAGAGUCACGUCUGUCUAUACGGUGCCUAGUUCAUUCUGACACACUGCUUUCUUUACUGUCAAUCAAAGUCUUAACGGCCUUUUCAGCACUGUUAGUCAAGACCUCGCCCACAAGCAUGUUUAUUUCUCUAAGCUCCGCCCCUCUUUCUAACGCAAACGGAAUGAUUUCUGUUUUUUUUUUUAGCCAGAUAUUUAGAUAUUUAGGAAGAUAUUGCGAUUAUUAACAACAUGACAUUUAUGUAAAGCUGCUUUGGAACAAUAUGUAUUGUGGAAAGCGCUAUACAAAUAAAUUUACAAAUUAAUUCUAAAUUUUAAAUGUUCAAAAAUUUAAAUAUAAUUACAUCAUCACACAGGACUUCCAUAGAACACAGCCACAGCUUGUCUGGCAACAGUUGGAAAGGUGUGAUUGGUCAGAAUUCUUUUUAAAGGCGGGGCUUAGGAGAGGGAACCUAAAGCAACUGCAUUAACACACACACACACACACACACACACACAUGACUCCUUGUUUUUGUAGAUCAGGAAUUCAUCCCAUAUUAAACUAGUCAAAAUUUCCCAUCCUGCGGCGGCAGCUGCAUAACUAUAGUGUGUGUGUGUGUGUGUGUGUGUGUACGCUGUAGAUUAUUAAAGAAUAUUAAAGUCACCUAUAUGAAUACAUGAUAUAUCUAGUGUACAUAGGUUUGUAUAUACCUCAGUCAGAUGAAUAUAAUGUUGUGGAUUCGAGUAGCUGUUCAAUACAGGGAAAAAAAUGUGCAUUAAAUGUUUCUACGCAUUUAAUUUGAUCAUUGUAAAUUAAUUCACGCUGACUUGAUGAAAUGAGAUAUUUAUUUAUCUAUUUAUUCAAAGCAAACAGACUUUACAGUGAGAAAAAGAUGAGCUGCGUGUGUCUGAAAACGAAACAUUCUUUGUGUUUUUCCCCCCAAACCCUUUUUUCUCCAUUUCUCUUUUCUGAUUUAUCGCUGUCGUCGGUUGUUUUUCUCUGCUGGCUAAAAAGCUACUUUGUGGAGGACGUGAUUUGCUGUCCCUGCUCUUAUCUGGCGUUACGCUCACGGCCGGAGAGGAUUCGGUGAUUUUAGAUGUUAUAAGGAAUCUGAGUCGGGUCGAAGCUCGCUGGAGCUCGUCUUGUAAAAUGAUGCAGUAAUAGCCAAGGAAAUGUGUCGGGCAGCUAUUUUCAGAAGUGCAUCAAUAUUUCAUCCGACAAACCUUACAUGACUUUGGCCGUGGAUGGAAAUUUUUAAAUGUUUGAGUCAGAAAUACUGUAUUGCUAAGAAAGAGCAGUCCUAUGGUGAAUGUCUUGAAUAUUCAGAUAAUAUUUCACCUCAAAAUGACACAUUUUCACAUUUUUUUUUACAGUACUAUUUAUCUAUAUAUACGCCGAUCAGGCAUAACAUUAUGAGCACUGACAGGUGAAUAACACUGAUCAUCUCUUGAUCACCGCAUGGAUAUAUUAGGCAGAAAGUCAACAUUUUGUCCUCAAAGUUGAUGUUAGAAGCAGGAAAAAUGGGCAAACAUAAGGAUUUGUGUGAGUUUGAUAAGGACCAAAUUAUGAUGGCUAGACGACUGGAUCAGAGCAUCUCCAAAACUGCAGCUCUUGUGGGGUGUUCCUGGUCUGCAGUGGUCAGUAUCUAUCAAAAGUGCUCCAAGAACCGGCGACAGGGUCAUGGGCGGCCAAGACUCAUUGAAGGCUGGUCCUUGUGGUCCGAUCCAACAGACGAGCUACUGAAGCUCAAACUGCUCAUGAAUUUACUGCUGGUUCUGAUAGAAAGGUGUCAGAAUACACAGGUGGACCAACACAAUAUUAGGAAGGUGCUCAUAAUGUUAUGCCUGAUCGGUGUGUAUAUAAAUAUAUAUCAGGACCGUAACUACCAUAAACAUUGAGGGUCCCACCCCCAAUAAUUAGAAAUGGCCAAAUUGUCCUCCCUAAUAUUUGAUAUUAUUGAUGCCGCUCUGCUGUACUCCAUUAUGCACCGCUCUGUUUGUUGUUAGGAUGACAAAACGAGUUUUAAAAGUUACAUUUUUAGGCUGGUCUGCCUCAGUGGUCUAACAGCGCUCGUCACUGUCAGAAUGAAUGAGCUGGCCAAUCAGAUCAAAGAAGGCGGGGCUUACUGUUCACAGAAGAUGAGUGUGAAUUCCAAUGCGACGCUUUCGUUUUAGCAGUGAAAGAGUACGUGGCGAGUCGCUAAACAUAUUUGAUAUUUGAUGAUAAUAUUUUAUGAUUGGACAGUGUUGCAAACUACUCCAAAAUUGUAUUGAAUGAAAUUUUUGCCGUUUUGAAUUGAAAACAUGCUAUUAUUUGAUUAAUAUAUGAUUAAUGUAAUUCAUAACUGAAUGUGACGAGACAAGAAACGUUUUGCGUUUUUGACAUAUUAGAUAUACAAAUAAGAGUGAAUAUAUUUUUUAAAAAAUAAAUUGAUUAUUUAAAAACUACAAUAAUCCUGGAACAGUUUUUA